AUGGCAGGUGGGCCCAAAUUGCAGCUCAACUGCCAGCCGAGAGGGCUUCCGAAUUUAGCUACACCCUCGCAAGUCGAGCAGCAAAUUAUUACGUACGACCCUCUUUACUUACCCGAUUUUCAAGCUAAUGUCGAAAACGAGCAUUAUUACCAAUCGAGGGGCGUUUUCGUCAAUAACUUGUCGAACUUGGAUCACAAUAAUAGCAUGAUGGUGGAGUCGAGCUCGACCGGGGCCCACAUGGAUGUCAGCAACAUGGUCGAAAACGGCGGCAUUAUGUCGUGGGGCCCUCGGGAAAAUUAUAAGUUCGACCCGUUUUUUCGGUUUGAGGUUGAAGAAAAGAGGCCAAGUACAUUGUGGCAAGAAGGGACUCAAUCUCAAAGGUUUGAUGAUCAAGAGAGCUCAGGGGGUGUUUUUUGUAAUUACACACUGGCAGCAUUUUCUCAGGGGUUGCCAGGGGUAAAUUUGGAUGUCUACAAUCAAAUAUAA